AUGGCAUCCAGAGUAGUGACACCCGCUCUCUUGUUAUUACUCUUCUCCAUCUUCAUCACCUUCUCACCAGCCUUAUGCCUAAAACAGCAUCCCCUAGACCCUCUAACACCGUCCGAGUUCAUCCAUAUCAAAGCCAUAAUCCACAAAGCAUUCCCUGCCCAAAACCUAACCUUCCAAUACGUAGGCCUAGAUGAGCCAGAAAAGUACACCGUCCUCUCAUGGCAAUCAAAAUCCACCACCAACACCAAAUCUCCACCACCUCCUCGCGGAGCCUUGGUCGUUACACGGCUUAAUAAGCAAACCCACGAGAUUAUCGUGGAUUUAUCGACCCGUUCCAUAGUCUCUAGUAAAGUUCACAACGGAGCAAAUGGCUUACCUGUGUUAACCUUGGACGAACAAACAUAUGCAAAUGAGUUGCCAUUUAAACAUGAACCAUUUAUCAAGUCCAUUAGAAAGAGAGGGCUUGAUAUAUCCCAAGUUGUGUGCAGCGGUUUUUCAGUUGGUUGGUUUGGAGAGGCAAAGAGUAGAAGAACAUUAAAGAUUAAUUGUUUCUACACAAAUGAGACAGUGAACUUGUAUGUGAGGCCAGUGGAGGGAAUAGCAUUUGUGGUUGAUCUAGAUGAGAUGGAGAUAAUUAAAUAUACUGAUAGAUUUAUAGUUCCUGUGCCAAAAGGAGAGGGAACUGAGUACCAAGCUUCGAAGCAGAAGCCGCCUUUCGGGCCAUGGCUACGUGGCGCACCGGUGGUGCAGUCGCAGGAAGAAGGGUUCAGCCUCGAGGGGCACACUAUCAG